AUGGAAUAUAAUAUACGUUCUAAUGACAAUAACACGAAUGAAGCUAUCAUCACUACCUUAGAAGAUUUGGAUAAUAUAUUUUAUAUAGAAUAUUUAGACUCUGAAAGUGAUGAAGAAUCUAAUUUUUUAUCAGAUAUUGAACCAAUAUCCAACAUUGAUGAUGAUAUUCCUUUAAGUUUAUUAAAUGAAUUCGAUUUUGUAGAU